GCUUCUCCCUCCUCACACCAUCCUGGGUUCCGCCACCCCUGGGGCUAUCCAAGUUGGUCGGCUUCCCUUCGUCCUAAGCCCAUGCCAGGCCAGUAGCCUUUAAAUGAUGCCCGGAGCUAAGCUUGCCCAGAGUCCAGAGGAAGGGGGCGUCUGCAUUACUGAAGCCCUUAUCACCAAGCGGAACUUGACGUUCCCUGAAGAUGAGGAUCUGUCGGAGAAGAUGUUUCACACUCUGGCUGAACUGCAGACUGUCCGCCUGGACCGGGAGGGGAUUACCACUAUCGGGAAUCUUGAGGGCCUCCAGAACCUUCACAGCCUUUAUCUGCAAGCGAAUAAGAUCCAGCGGAUUGAGAACCUGGCCUGCAUCCCCUCCUUGCGCUUCCUGUCUCUGGCAGGAAACCAAAUCAAGCAGGUGGAAAACCUCCGUGACCUCCCACAUCUCCAGUUUCUGGACCUUUCUGAGAACCUGAUAGAAACACUGAAGCUGGAUGAGUUCCCUCAGAGCCUUCUCAUCCUCAACCUGACCGGAAACAGCUGCACCAACCGGGAUGGAUACAGGGAGCUGGUCACAGAAGCCCUGCCGUUGCUCCUGGACCUGGACAAGCAGCCUGUGUUAGAGCGCUGGGCCUCGGAUGAGGAGGAGAAAGCCUCAGACGAUGAGGAGGAGGAGUUCCCAGAGCUGAGCAGCCCGUUCUGCACAGAGCAAGGCUUCCUCCAGGAGCUGGAGCAGGAGAUGGACAGACACAAGGAGCGCAGACAGCAGGCAGCCCUGAAUGAGCACCUUCAGAGGAUGGAGACGAAGCCCGCCCUCACUGACCUCCCCCUGCUGCCUGGGGGGCCUGUGGCUAAGGACAGCAGUCCCUCUGUCACCCCCAGCCAAGGGAAGGAGACACCCCUCAAGCCCGCCUCCUUGCCACAAGCCACCUCUGCCACCAAGAAACCCUGCCCUCUGGUUUCCAGCCAGCAAUGCACUGUCCAGGCAAAGAAGGGGACCAAAGCAGCCACAGGUCCCAAGGCCUCUGUGUCCAGGGCCCCCAGCACAACCAAAACUGUGACCAAAAGAAUCAAGAAGUGAAGGGCAGCCCGUCCCUACCAGCAAUUCCACAGGAACGAGGAAGAGGGAAGAAAAGGGCAUGGGUGGGGCCUCACCUCCUCCUCAGACCCCUCACCUGUGACAGAAGGCUCCCCCAGUAAAAUGUCACCCAGCCCUGA